GAGGAAGGAAAUACUACCUUGAAUCAAAGAACCACCAGAUAAGAGAUCAAACACAUUGUUGGCCUCCUCAAGAACCCAGAAUAUCAGUGUUGGAAAAUCACACAGACUGCCUAGUUUAGGAUCAACACAGAUUGCAGAUCAUAUCUGAUUGAUGCAGAAGUCGAACCUCCCAAUGAAAAGCCAUAGAAAAGUUUGAGGUGUGUCAGAAGCUUUACUCAGAACAGGUCUAUCGUGAUUCCUGGAAGGAGCCAUACCAAAGAGAAACGCUACCACUGCUCCCAUUGUGACAAAAGAUUUAUCAUGCAAGCCAAUCUGGCGAAACACAAGAGGACUCACGCUGGAGAGAAAUCAUAUGAGUGUCUGGAUUGUGGGAAAAGUUUUGUGAAUAAUUCCAACUUGGUGACACACCAGAGGAGUCACACAGGAGAAAAACCAUAUGAGUGCCCAGAUUGUGGGAAACGUUUCAGUCGGAAGUCCAUUCUGGUGGAACAUCACAGGACACACACAGGAGAGAAACCAUAUAAAUGUAGUGAUUGUGGGAAAAGUUUCAGUCAGAAUUCAAACCUGGUGAUACACCAGAGGACUCACACAGGAGAAAAACCAUAUGGGUGCCCAGAUUGUGGAAAAAGUUUCAGUCGGAAUUCCUCCCUUAUAGAACACCAGAGGACUCACACAGGAGAGAAACCAUAUGAGUGUCUGUAUUGUGGUGAAAGUUUCAGUCAGAAUUCGAACCUUGUGACACACCAGAGGACUCACACCGGAGAAAAACUAUAUGAGUGCCUGGAUUGUGGGAAAAGUUUCAGUCGGAAUUCCUACCUGGUGGAACACCAGAUGACUCACACAGGAGAGCAACCAUAUGAGUGCCCAGAUUGUGGGAAAAGGUUCAGUCAGAAUUCCCACCUGGUGAUACACCAGAGGACUCACACGGGAGAAAAACCGUAUGAGUGCCCAGAUUGUGGGAAAAAGUUCAGUCGGAAUUCCUCCCUCAUAGAACACCAGCAGACUCACACAGGAGAAAAACCAUAUGAGUGUUCAUAUUGUGGGAAAAGGUUCCGUCGAAAUUCCCACCUGGUUAUACACCAGAUGACUCACACAGGAGAGAAACCAUAUGAAUGUCCAGAUUGUGGGAAGAAGUUCAGUCAGAAUUCCCACCUGGUGAUACACCUGAGGACUCACACAGGAGAGAAACCAUAUAAGUGUCCAGAUUGUGGGAAAAGUUUCCAGCAGAAUUCUAAUCUGGUGAUGCACCAGAGGACUCACACUGGAGAAAAACCAUAUGAGUGUCCUGAAUGUGGGAAAAGGUUCAGUCGGAAUUCCCGCUUGGUUAUACACCAGAAGACUCACACGGGAGAAACCAUAUGAGUGUCCAGAUUGUGGGAAAGAUUUCACUGUCAGCUGUAGCCCUAUAAAUCAUGUAAGGUUACACACAGGAGAGAAACCAUUCAAAUCCCCAGAUUGUGGGAAAUGUUUCGCACAAAAUUCCGCUCUUAUCGCACACAAAUUCCAUAUGAAGCAAAAUUUGAUAUGUGUAGAGGAAUCUUGAUUUUA